AUGGCGAAUUCGGAUGCUCCCCGGCUGGAGAAUUCCAAUGCGUCACAGAAGCAGGGGGAACUGGAAAUACGAGCCCUGUUUGCUACAACAGCCAGCUCGGUGAAACCCCAGUCCUCGCCCCUCCUUUCAUCGACACCACCCACGGUAGCGAAGGCGUUGAUCAAGGCGUACCCUUAUUUAUUGAUAGUCAAUAAGUUAUUAGCGGUGGCUACUUGGACUAACGAUGACUACUGGAUCAAUGUUGUGUUGAUGUGUCUCUACGGCUUUGCGGUACUUUACUUCGAAACCCUCAUAACGUGGCUGGGCCACUUGAUUUUAGUGGGUGCUGUGAUCAUGUAUGCGGUACUUAACAACCGUAUCGUUGAAGAGACAAACCUCAGGCCAACCUUGGACGAUGUGGUGCAAGCAUUGACCACCACUUGUAUCAAAGCCGACAUCCUCUUGAGUCCAAUCACCGCAUUGGCCUUGACUCCGUACGAUAUCAAGCGUCUAUUAUUCACCACAGUGUUUUUAACUCCCUUGUACUUGGUGGCUACUUCCUUGCUUAUAAAGCCUCGAACCAUCUUGUUGCAUGCUGGUUUGUUCCUCAUAUCGUACCAUCUGGGCUACUCGCGUGUCACCAGGCGGUUGGUAUGGAAGCUCAAGAUUACCAGAGUCGUAUGCUUCUACUUGACUGGCCUUGACUUUUCUCAAGCACGCAACAGCUCAUUAUUUGCUGCGGCAUUCGCCAAGGUACAGAAAUCCGCAUCUUCUACAUCAACUGUUGCUGACCCGUCGAAGCCUGUCCGCUUCACGUACGUCAUCUAUGAGAACCAGCGCCGCUGGUUAGGAAUUGGCUGGACUUCCAAUUUGCUCUCGUAUGAGCGUGCGCCUUGGACUGAUGAGUUCUUGAACGAGUCUUCCUCGGUAGAUUCCUUCGAAUUGCCCAACCCCGACUCUUCCACCACGGUUGGCCAACAAUCUUAUCUCCAACACCUGACUAUUGCUGGUGCCCACUGGAGAUGGGUCGAUAAAGCCUGGAGACUCGACAUCACCAAUGAUGGCGCAAUUACUCUACCUUCGGGCAAAAGGUCCAAAACCACUGCCAAUCCCACCGCUGAUGAAGGUUAUCUUUAUUUCGAUAAUGUCUGGAAGAAGCCUUCUACGGAGGAUUCUUACUCGAAAUAUACUCGUAGACGUCGUUGGGUGAGAACUGCUGAGUUGGUUUUCAGCGACUCUUCAGAUGUGAGUAAUAACCAGGCAUCGUACGCCCUGGGCGCCGAGGAGUACGCUUCUCACGAGAAUAACUCCAAAAACAGAAAAAGCUUGCGCUUCGCUGAGGACUCAGAGCCUUUGUCUGAUGCUACUGUUGAAGCGGUUAGUUCCCUGGGCGGCCCUGACAAGAAGACUGAAUAG